UCCUUCAUUGUCCUCGAUCCUUAAGUUGCGCAGUAUUUCUCCAAAAACAAAAACUACUGCAAAUCUUAAAGGAUCAUUCUCUCUAUCAAAUCUCUACAUUUCCAUUCCCCAUCAAUAAACCAAAAAAAAUAUUUAUAUACAAAAAGAUAAUAUAAAAAAAAUGGCACGUCAAGUUAUUGUUUUGGCUCUCCUCUUUGUUGCCAUUGCUGGAUUAGCUUCGGCCGCUAAUUCCCCUAGCAGCUCCCCUUCUUCAUCCCCAUCGUCAUCGCCAUCAUCAUCUCCAUCAUCAUCCACAUCAUCAUCAUCGUCAUCAACCCCAUCAUCAUCUCCUUCUGCCUCUACUCCGUCAGCUGCAGCUGCGCCAAAGAGCAGUGCUAAUGCCCCCACUGCUGCCACCCCCAAAUCAUCCCCUACCCCUGCCUCUUCCCCUAAAGCAAGUACACCAUCAUCGUCAGUAUCACCAUCAUCAUCAUCAUCGUCAUCAUCUCCAUCUAAUUCCUCCUCUUCUGAUUCUGAUUCUGUUCCAACUUCAAAUUCCCCUGCUGAUGAUGAACCCUCAUCUCCACCUUCCCCCGACAGCGACUCUUCUUCCCCACCCACCCCCACUACUGCUGCGGGUCCCACUGCUGACAGUUCAACUCCUGCUGAAGCACCCACUCCGCCUAGCGCCGCCAAUACUUUAAAGGUCUCCUAUGUUUUUGGGAUUGCAGCUUUCGCUGGAUUAUUUUUCUAAGAUUUGUUUAAUUAUUACGCGAUUCGUUACUCAUCUGACGUUACAGAGUAGAGUGAUUAGUUAAUUCUUCUGUGAAUUGUAAAAUUUUCGCGGAAGACAAAGAGAGAGGAGCCAGAUAUUGGUGAUUCCUCUAAUUUUAUGUAGUGACUUAGCUCUGUUACGUACCUGUGGAAAAUUCUUUGAUUUAGUGACAUGUUGUAAGGUGUCGAUCAUGUGUAUUUUAUGUUUUUAGCUUAAAUAAUACCAUCAAAUGUACAUCUGUGUCUUUGAAUAAAUUCAUUUGCAUUAGCUA